UCUACUUCACUUCUCAGUUCAACAGGCAGUUAGAGGUGUGAUCUAAGGUCAUCCUGUCGCUCGUUGAAUUCUCUUCUGUCGUUCCACAGCCUUUGACCUCCCUUCCGUGUCCCCUGACUCUACCCAGGUAUCAGCUGGCCCGGCCUCCCUCGGCCCUGAACUGCCGAUAUCAACGCGACCCACAGACUCGAUGCCAGCGCCGUGACUGCACCGCUUCCACGCUCACCGCGAGCGAACAUGACCGUCGCGGAGAAGGCGACGCACAAGAAGACGCGGAUUGUAUCCGUCGUCGCAGCGACUGCCAUCUCUCUGGCCUGCGGCACAAACUAUGCCUACUCAGCAUGGGCGCCGCAGUUCGCCGAGAAGCUGCAGCUGUCUGCGACGCAAAGCAAUGUCAUCGGGACCGCAGCGAACCUCGGAAUGUACGCCUCGGGCAUACCCAUGGGCAUGAUCACGGAUAGAAAGAGCCCUCGACUAGCGGCUUUGAUUGGCAUGGCAGCGCUGCUUGCUGGAUACUUCCCAAUCCACAUUGCAUACGAUAAAGGCCCUGGGUCUAUGAGCCUCGCUCUCAUAUCGUUCUGUUCGUUUCUGUCUGGCGUGGGCAGCUGUGCUGCAUUUCAAGGCUCUUUGAAGACAGCAACCCUCAACUGGCCGACGCACCGCGGGACGGCGACGGCGUUCCCGUUAGCUGCGUUCGGUCUGAGCGCGUUCUUCUACACCCUCAUAGCGGGAAUCGCAUUUCCUGGAAACACGUCGGGAUUACUCCUCUUCCUUUCCUUCGGCACCUCCCUCCUUGUCUUGGUCUCGGUACCGUUCCUCCACGUUGUCGACCACAAGAGCGGCAGCGGCUACGCAGUGCUACCCACCAGCGAGCGUUCUCGGAGGGACUCCAAUCUCCUGCAUCGAACCAAGCCACACGGCGACAAGCACAGCCGCUCCGCGAUGCCGCAGCCUGAACCAAACGAUGACGAACAGGAUGGCGAUUCAGACGAAACCUCCUCCCUCCUGUCAGGCCCGGGCGAUAUUCCACCCGAGGACGACACCGCUAGUAAGAAGUCGAGUCACUCACAUUGUUUAGAUGUUACUGGACUGGCAUUGCUAUACAAGAUUGAGUUCUGGCAGCUGUGGAUACUCAUGGGCUUGCUGACCGGCGUCGGAUUGAUGACUAUCAACAACAUUGGACACGACGUCCAAGCGCUCUGGAACCACUGGGAUGACUCUGCGAACAAGGACUUUGUUGCGCAUCGCCAGCUCUGGCACGUCUCGAUUAUCUCCGUUUGCUCCUUCCUAGGACGACUUUCGUCCGGCAUCGGCUCCGACAUUAUCGUAAAGAGGCUACAGAUGUCCCGGUUCUGGUGUGCUGCCAUAUCGGCUACCAUUUUCAUGCUUGCUCAAAUCUGCGCAAUCCGGAUUGAGAACCCAAACCAAUUGUGGGCGGUGUCGGGGCUGUGCGGUCUGGCAUAUGGCGUCCUUUUCGGGGUGUUCCCAGCACUGGUCGUGGACGCCUUCGGACCGGACGGUUUCGCAGUCAACUGGGGGUUCAUGACGCUCGCCCCGGUCGUGAGCGGAAACAUAUACAACCUGUUCUACGGAGCUGUGUACGACUCGCAUUCCGAGAUCCAGCCUGGCGGCGAGCGGAGCUGUGACGAAGGGUUGAACUGCUACCGGGCCGCGUACUAUGUCACCCUAGCUUCAAGCGCUCUGGGUAUUCUGGCAUGUUUCUGGGGCAUCCGGCAUGAGCACGCGGUCAGGAGGCGGCAAGAGGAGCAACACGAGGGCCAUCGUGACGCUUGAUCGAUCACGAUACUCUGUACCUACGUCUUCGGGGGCGUCUGGAGAAAUAUAGACUUGGGAUUUACGUAGUCAAAGAGCAACAAUGAAUUGUUCCAGUGACGAGCCUUUUCCAAGAUUAG